AUCAAGUAAUUGUGACAGAUUCACACAAACACGACACAUACCAAACUUAUAUUGUGUAAAAUUCCUCUUCUUCUUUCUCCUCUAAAAACAUAAAACCUUUCUCUGUUUUCCAAACAAACUAAAAAAACCACCUUCAUAAAAUAACUCAAAAUUUUCCAUAUCUUACCAAAUUUAUCAUACAUAUAAAAAACAUCACAUGUACACAACCUCAAACUGAAACAUGAUCAUGGACAGAACAUCACAAACAAGUUCAGACUCACCAACCCGAGACCCAAAAGUGUUAUCAAUCGAAUGUCUACGAGGAAGUUCAAAAGCAGAUGAAUGGACAGUAGACAUGCUUCAAACCGGCGACAUAGUCGAAGAGCUUCGAAUCGGAACAAAAACAAAAUCACAGAUCCGAUAUAAUUCACCUUUCAAAGGUGGAAGAAGUGGAGUUCAGAAAAUUCUUCAAGAAGCUUAUAAGAAGAAGGAAACUUCGAUAAUGAUUCGGGUUCGAAGAGGCUCCGAUGAAUUGGCGGAGCUGCAAGCUUGUAUAGUUCCGAAUGAUGCAUCGGGGAAGAAACAGUUUGUUCUGAGAUCCAUUGAUGACCCGAAUUAUGUUGUCGGGUUUCUGGAUCGAACUGAAGUUGAAUGCUUUGAGAUUCAAGCUUCAAGAAGCAGUAGAAUGGUAAAUGCACUAACAAGGACAAAACUACAAGAUGGAUAUGUUUCUUAUCCAUGGGAGAGAAGGAUGCAAGAGAUGCUAACAGUUCCAAAUUCAAGUAACUUUCUUUCGAUAUUACUCCUCCCCAAAGCUUCAGAUAGAGUAGCAUCUCGCUACAAUGAUCUUGAAGAUACCCUAGCAAGAGCAAAUGCAUGGAUCAAUGCGGGUCAAGCUUCAGGGGUCCCUAUUGUCUUCAUGAACAUUCAAACUGAGUCCCUACUCACUAAGAUAUCUGGGGAGACAGCUUCUGCUACUGUGAAUGCAGGUUCUCUGUCUGACUUAUCUAACCUAGCAAAUGUAAGCCUUUAUGGCUUUGAGGAUUACCAUGGAAUAGACAUAGGUGUUGUUCGAGCAGUUCGUUUAUGGUAUGCUCCAGUUGGAGGAGAGCUUUCUAUUGAGAUCAAACUAAAAGAAGAAGAUUCAAAACUUGGAUUCGCCAUUAGUCGUACCGAAGAGGGAUUUAUUUUCAUAUCAUCAGUGAUUAAUCAAGAAAAUGUACCUGCUACUCGUUCUGGGCUAAGCAGUCUUUAUAAACUGGCAACAGACACUUGUAGAUUAUUGGUAGUGUCAAGAGUGUCAAACCAAAAAGUACUUCCAUGGAUGGUAUCUUCAACAGGAGCAAUUCGAUGUUACGACACAGUUUCCUUGAGCCAGAAGCUAUCCUUGCACAGACACACCAGAGUUCCAAUUCUGCUCCAUGUCUUCCUUUGGGACCGAUCGAUGGUUAAUUCGAGCGGUGGGAGCAAUAGAUUCAGAGCUCUAUCUCCUUCUGCGCUGCAGCCAUUGCCAUCUGAAGUUCAAAUUGGCCGGUUUUCAAAUGAAACUCAUACGCUUCCAUUGCCUCCAGAAGCUUCUGAUCCUACCGAUAUCACUAGUGAGGUUUCACAGUCAAGAUUUGAGAGAGAUACAGCCGGCGAAUCCUCAUUCAGAUUUCAUGAUUUCUCUCUGUCUAGCAAUUGGGUAUGAUAUAUAUUACAUACUUGAAAACUAUGAUUUUGUUGUCGUUAUUGUAAUGUACAUAAAUACAAACUAUAUACAUUGCAUUUGAUUUGUAGAACAAUGGAGCAUAUAGAGUUGAAAAAAAAAAACUUUAUUUUGUUGUUCUUUGUAGUUUUGGAUCUUGAUAAUGUACACUAUUGUACUAGGUAGCAAGAAGUUUUCUUCUUAUUUAGCUGACUGCUUUUGAAGAGACUAAAAUUUGAAUUAAAAAUGUAAUGUGUUUUGUCUA